AUGAAUUUCAAUGGAACACCGUUUUUUUUACGUACAUUAGCUAUUGAUCAGAUUGAACGAAAAUUAUAUCAAUUAUUGGAUAUACUUGAUAUUUGUAUUAUUGGAUUAGAUGGUUGCUAUGGUAUAACAAUUCAAGAUAUUUAUCAUAACCAAAUUAUAUUGCUAUUGAUCCAUUAAUUAGCUAUUUAUUUUAUUCAGAUGGAAAGAAUGAAUUUAAAUGGAAAUAAUUUUCUUAAAAUUACAAAGAUUAGCGUAUGUUGAUAUUUUAGAGAUAAAAAACAAUUUCUUAUUUUUCAUAGCAUAGAAACCUAUGAUGUAUUUAUUAUUAAAUAUAAAGUAAAUGAUCGAACAUCGAAGUUAAAUUUAAUUUUUAUAUUGUAUUAGAAAAGUAAAGAAUAUU